AUGACAGAGUUGAUGCAAAACCCUAGUGUGAUGUCUAGGGCACAAGCUGAGGUCAGGGGUGCCUUCGCGGGACAAAUGAAGGUAACCGAGGAGGGUCUAGCCAAUCUAAGCUACUUGCAGUGUAUCAUCAAGGAGACGUUGAGGUUGCACGCACCUACGCCAUUACUACUGCCAAGGGAAUGCCAAGAGCAAUGUAACAUACUCGGCUAUGACGUUCCCAAGGGCGCCAUUGUUCUUGUGAAUGCUUGGGCUAUCUCAAGGGACCCUGAGUACUGGGAAGAACCGGAAGCAUUCAUCCCAGAUAGAUUUAUGGGCAGUAAGGUGAAUUACAAUGGUAACAACUUUGAGUUCGUACCAUUCGGCGCCGGGCGGCGGAUUUGCCCCGGGGUGUUGUUUGGAAUCGCGAACAUUGAGCUCGCUCUCGCAAGCCUUUUGUUUUAUUUCGACUGGGCUCUUCCAGAUGGCAUUCUCCCCGGUGAUCUUGACAUGACGGAAACCAUGGGAAUCAGUGCUAAGAAGAAGUUGGAUCUGCGAUUGCGUGCAACUCUCCACGUACAGCUGCCGCGCUGA